AUGGAAACCUUACGAAUCUUCUUUCUUAUUUUCGUAGCUGACGCAGAUGAUUGGGGAAAAGUUUAUCCAAAUAUGUCUGGAGAUGGUGCCCUUGGUAUGCUUAUAAAUCGUAAAGCAGAUAUAUGCAUUGGAGCUAUGUACUCGUGGUCCGAAGAUUACACAUACCUAGACCUCUCCAUGUAUCUUGUACGUUCGGGAAUAACAUGUCUUGUACCAGCGCCUUUGCGACUGACCAGUUGGUAUCUUCCCUUAAAGCCUUUCAAAGAAUCUUUAUGGGCUACAAUUUUAUUAUGUCUAUGUGUGGAAGCCGUAGGAUUGGUUUUAGCAUAUAAAAGUGAGCAAGCGCUGUAUGAACAACCUAGUUACCGUGUGGGCUGGUGGACUUGCAUAAGGUUCGGAGUAUUUACCACCUUUAAGCUUUUCAUAUCGCAAUCAGAAAACAGCAAGGCAUAUUCACUGACAGUUCGUGUACUACUCUUUGCCUGCUUUCUUAAUGAUUUAAUCAUAACCAGUAUAUAUGAUGGUGGGCUUGCCAGUAUAUUGACAAUUCCCAGCCUGGGCGAGGCAGCCGACACCGUCCAUCGUUUACGAUUGCACCGAUUACAGUGGGCGGCUAACUCUGAGGCAUGGGUCUCUGCCAUACGCGCUUCUGAUGAGCCUUUAGUGAAGGAAAUAUUGAACAAUUUUCACAUCUAUAGCGACGACGAGUUGCUACUCUUAGCCCAAGGCGAGGAUAUUCGCAUUGGAUUUUCGGUGGAGCGUCUGCCAUUCGGUCACUUUGCAAUUGGGAACUAUUUGGGGCCUGAAGCGGUUGGUCAGUUAGUUAUAAUGAAGGACGAUCUUUAUUUUCAAUAUACGGUGGCUUUUGUUCCCAGACUUUGGCCCCUCCUUGAGAAAUUCAAUACUCUUAUAUAUAGCUGGCAUUCUUCUGGUUUCGAUAAAUACUGGGAAUUCCGCGUAGUGGCCGAUAACCUAAAUCUGAAGAUACAGCAACAAGUCCAAGAAACAAUGACAGGAAGUAAAGAUAUUGGUCCGAUUACGCUUGGCAUGUCAAACUUUGCGGGAUUUAUAAUUGUCUGGAUAUUGGGAUCUGCUAUAGCUACGUGCAUUUUUUUGGUAGAGCUGUUUACAAAUAUUUUAUAACAGGGUAACUUGAUAUAAAUUUUUUUAAUAAAUAUUUUCUUGGUUCUAAUCGACCGAUUUUGUGAAAUAAAGUAUAUAUUAGUAAUUGUAAUAGGUUCAUUGGAUAGAGUUUAGAGCUUCUAAUAGUAUAACCACGCUUCUUUGUAUCGUUGUCUGAAACAUAAAGGUGAUAGAUUCCGAAAAGUUCUUGGUGAUCAAGCACUUCACGCAUCCUGUUACUUUUUUUAGUUUGUCACUUUUGUUGCCAACUCCUUGCCGAAUGUCAAUUAGUGAAAGUAUGCCGUCAAUUUUGUCAAAAACAAGAAGAUUGGAGCUUCAUCUUAAAAGAUAUCUGGAAAAGUGCGGUCGAAAUAUAAUGAAAUUUUACUUUGGAAUCUGCAUAAUAUUCUUAUUGCUAAAAACUGCAAAUUUGCAAUAGUUGCUGAAAAUCGAGCUUUUAAAAGCACCCCAUAAUGUUACUCCAUGUAAUGUUCAAUCCUUAUCUAAUGAUUGUAGUUCUGCUGAUGACUCGAAAUCAGACGAGAUAAAUUCAUUUUCAUUUGAAUCCCUACAGAAGAAAAUUAAAUAAAAAAAAAUUUCGUUGAAUAUUUUCAAGGAAACACCAUAAUAAUGGGUAAAACUAACCUUGAUAUUAAAAAUAAAUUAAAUUUUAAUAAACAGUUUUAUUUUU